UGCCAAAGUAACAAAAUAAAACCAAAAGCGAGCAAGUCAUCGGCGUUUUCAUGGAAUGUCUUGUAUAGUUGAAUAGAAAAUAAAAUAAAUUCUAAAUAUGUCCACCAAUAAGGAAGAGACUUUGAGACAGUUUUGCGAUGUUACUGGCGCCGACGAGGGUCGGAGCAAGUUUUUCCUGGAGUCAUCUAACUGGCAGCUAGACGUAGCCCUAUCCAGCUUCUACGAGCACGGUGGUAAUGCAGACGAGGCCCCAGCUAACCCUGCAGCGGCUGCUUCAUCGCUGCCAACACUAUCAGACAGUGAUAUGGAGUCACCUCCUGGGUCGCCUCUCGCAGCCCAAAAGAAAGACAAGAAGAAGGCACCAAGCUCAAAGUUUGCGACCUUAGACUCUUUGCAGCAAGAGAGCUCCAGUGAUGAGGAAGAAGGGCAAGCUUUCUAUGCAGGUGGUUCGGAGCGAUCUGGACAGCAGAUCUUAGGACCGGGGAAGGGGAGAAAGGACAUAGUCACUGAAGUUUUCAAGAGUGUUAGAGAGCGCGGUGCAGUCGUGUUUGAGGACGAACCAUCUUCGACGAGCCGAGGGCGUUCAGCUUUCAGCGGUGUUGGAUACAGACUCGGUCAAACGGCUGAUGAUCACGAACAAGCUCCACCUGCCGGCAAUCAGCAGCAACAAACCGACCAGCCGCGUUCGGUUCGCCUACGCCUGUACCGCGAGGGCUUCACCGUGGACUCGGGGCCGCUGCGUCACUACACAGACCCUGAUCACGCUGACUUCCUCAACUGCAUACGUAGAGGUGAGAUUCCCCCUGAGCUGUCGGGUUCGGGCGAAGUUCGCGUGUCGCUGGAAGACCGGCGCCACGAGGAGUGUCCGCGACACAUCGCCAAGCCUCAGCCCUUCUCCGGCAAGGGACAUCUGCUCGGCAGCCCCACGCCGCCGACAGUGGGCGCCACGGCGCCGGUGGGCGGCGACGUGGGCGACCGCGCCGCCAACCAGCGCGCCGCGCAGGAGGCCGUCAAGCUGGACGACGCCGCGCCCGUCACUACUAUACAGUUCCGCCUAGCGGACGGCAGCCGCCUCACAGGGCGUUUCAACCACUCGCACACAGUGGGCGACUUGCAAGCCUACGUGUCCCGCGCCGAACCCGCGUACCAGCUGCAGGCAUUCGUCCUUCUAACCACGUUCCCCAGCCGCGAGCUCGCCGACCCGGCCGCUACCCUCGCCCAAGCAGACAUACUCAAUACCACCCUCCUCCAACGGCUCAAAUAGACCUUAAAAACCAUGUAAUAAGGUCCAUUCUCGGUUAACAGCGCCCGUUACGACGUUUCACUUUUUAGCUCGUUUUUUUUUGUUGAGAUUUUGCGCAAAUAUUGUCCUUUAGCGCAGAAUUGGUGUUUUGUGAAUAUACUUGAAGAUUCUUGUAGCACUGUAGUUAUUCAGUGACGUUUAUACAUUCUAUCUACAUUGUAAUAUUUUGCGCAAAAUCUCAACACGGGCGCAAAGUUUAGCGCAAUUCGAACACACGGAUAGAACGCUCCAAAACGCAUCUAUAGAUCGGCUUUUAGGAUUUUUAAAGUUUAAACUAUUGGUCCGUUUUGUUCGUGUGUUUACUAUUUACGUAUUUUUAUACGUAACGAAAUGGGCGCUGGGGCUAUUUAUACGCGAUCUCGCGAGUGAAACAGUGUAUUGGUCAAUAAAUAAAGUUUUUAAGUUCCUUUAUGA